ACCGCGCGCUGGGGGCCAUGGAGUUCACGGCGUCGCCGAAGCCACAGCUCUCCUCCCGGGCCAACGCCUUCUCCAUCGCCGCGCUCAUGUCGAGCGGCGGCUCCAAGGAGAAGGAGGCCACCGAGAACACCAUCAAGCCUCUGGAACAAUUUGUUGAGAAGUCAUCGUGUGCCCAGCCCCUGGGCGAACUGACCAGCCUGGAUGCUCACGGGGAGUUUGGUGGCGGGGGCAGCAGUAGCCCAUCCUCCUCCUCUCUGUGUACUGAGCCGCUGAUUCCCACUACCCCCAUCAUCCCCAGUGAGGAAAUGGCCAAAAUUGCCUGCAGCCUGGAGACCAAGGAGCUCUGGGACAAAUUCCACGAGCUGGGAACAGAGAUGAUCAUCACCAAGUCGGGCAGGAGGAUGUUUCCCACCAUCCGAGUGUCAUUUUCGGGUGUGGAUCCUGAGGCCAAGUACAUAGUCCUGAUGGACAUCGUACCCGUGGACAACAAGAGGUACCGCUACGCCUACCACCGGUCCUCCUGGCUGGUGGCUGGCAAGGCAGACCCGCCGCUGCCAGCCAGGUUGUACGUACACCCAGACUCUCCUUUUACUGGUGAGCAGCUACUCAAACAGAUGGUGUCUUUUGAAAAGGUGAAACUCACCAACAACGAACUGGAUCAGCAUGGCCAUAUCAUUUUGAACUCAAUGCACAAGUACCAGCCACGGGUGCACAUCAUUAAGAAGAAAGACCACACAGCCUCGUUGCUCAAUCUGAAGUCAGAAGAAUUCAGAACAUUCAUCUUCCCAGAGACCGUUUUCACAGCAGUCACUGCCUACCAGAAUCAAUUGAUAACCAAGCUGAAAAUAGAUAGCAACCCUUUUGCCAAAGGAUUCCGGGACUCCUCCAGGCUCACUGACAUUGAGAGGGAAAGUGUGGAGAGCCUGAUCCAGAAGCAUUCCUAUGCCCGCUCACCCAUCCGUACCUAUGGAGGAGAAGAGGAUGUGCUGGGGGAUGAGGUUCAGACAACACAGAAUCGAGGGUCAGCCUUUACAACGUCUGAUAAUUUGUCUCUCAGCUCCUGGGUUUCAUCUUCAUCCAGUUUUCCUGGAUUUCAGCACCCCCAGUCCCUUACUGCACUUGGCACCAGCACAGCAUCCAUAGCAACACCCAUUCCUCACCCUAUACAAGGUUCAUUGCCACCAUACAGCCGACUUGGGAUGCCUCUGACACCAUCAGCUAUUGCCAGCUCGAUGCAGGGGAGUGGCCCGACAUUCCCCUCAUUCCACAUGCCCCGGUACCAUCACUACUUUCAGCAGGGGCCCUAUGCUGCUAUCCAAGGACUGCGCCAUUCCUCUGCGGUGAUGACACCAUUUGUAUGACUCU